UCAUCGAGGCUUGCGCUCUCCUUGGUUUUGACGGCCCGUGGAGGGGGAGUUGGAAUGCACUUGAUCCAUCUGCCCCCGCUACCCGGCGAGGCGAAGCAAAUGUCCCGUUGCCGAUACAAGGAUGCGGUAACCGGGCACCAACCAUUCGAGACGAGGGGCAUAUAGCUGACCAUUUGAAUCACAUGUUUACCGGUCAGAACGAGCCACCUUGCAAUUCAUAACAAAUCCAACAUGGCUGCCCCAUCUGGCCCCUCCCCUUCCAUGUCCUCACCCAGGCGCUUCCUGGUUCUUUUUGACUUCGACGAGACCAUCGUCAAUGAGAACAGUGAUGACGCCGUUGUGAAGGCGGCACCAGGCCAGCAGCUUCCUGACUGGUUGAGAGAGUCCUACAGGGAAGGGCACUACAAUGAGCACAUGCAGCGUGUGCUGGCCUAUAUGGCUGAACAGGGUGUGUCUGAGGACUCCAUCCGUUCCGUGAUUGAAAAGAUCCCACCCACACCUGGACUCCUGGCCCUCUUCCAGUACCUCCUCAUCCACCAGCAGGACUACGAGAUGGUCGUCGUCUCUGAUGCCAAUAUGUACUUCAUCGAGGCGUGGCUUGAGUAUGCUGGGGCUCGCCAUCUCUUCCAGAGGAUCUUCACCAACCCAGCCAGCUUCAACCCAGAGGGCGGUUUGAUUUUGCUGCCCUUCCACUCCCACUCCUGCCAACGCUGUCCUGAGAACAUGUGCAAGCAGGUUAUCCUCCAGGACUAUCUGGCUCGCCGGCAACAAGAGCGCGGCUGCCCCUUUCAGAGGGUGUUUUAUGUCGGGGACGGGGCCAACGACAUCUGCCCCUCCCUGGCCCUGGGUCCAAAGGACACAGCAUUCCCCCGGAGAGAGUUUCCCAUGCACAGGUUGCUGGCCCAAAUGCAGGAGGCUAAGCCUGCUAGCUUCCAUGCAAGCGUGGUCCCCUGGGACACUGGAGAGGAUGUGGUGGACUACCUGAAGAAGAUAGUGGACAAGAGAUGAGAGGAGGUGGGAAACAACAAUAAGGGGAAGAGGGGGAGAGAAAGGAUAGAAAGAGAGAGCUAUAAAAGAGUGCUAGCCCCGUAUGGCCUGGUUUUAGAGAGCCAGAGAGUGUGCAGUGUUAGGAUUAAGCUAAUACUGAGGAGUCAGCAAAAAAAAGCCUUAAUUACUACUCUAUCGGUUGAAUACGUUUAAAUUGUUGCUGACCUGACAUACUACAUAACAGAAACAGCUGUACUAUAAAUUGGUGCUUUUCUCUAUUGUUCUUUGAGGAUGUGUAAGAACUUUUGCUUCUGUCCAACUUUAGCCUGGAAUAGCAUUGAGCAUAUCAUGACUGGAUGCUAAGUCUGACAUAACUUGGUGGUAACCUGUAAGGUAGGCCGCUAAAGCUUUCCAGUAGCUCUCCAGGACUAGGUCUAGGUGUCACAGUGCUGGGGGGAUGCUCUGUUGACAGCUAACUGCACCACUUGUACACCACAACACCAGCAGUUCAGCUAUCCAAUAAAGACCGUGUUGAUAAGUUGAUCACAGUAGAAUCAGGUGUUCUAGCGCUGUCUGGUACAAAAGGCCACACACAUAGAGUCCCUCCAGGACAACGCACUAUGAACACUAGUGUAGGGUGACACUAAGACUGUGUGACACUGUGGUACACACACUGGCACGUACACUGACACCUAAUAUACAGGCUGAUUAUACAAGGUAACUCACACCGUCUUGUGAUGCAGAGUGAUUGCUAUGUACACUUUGCACUGUAGCCCUGUAUGCUGUGUACGUACACCCUUGGACUGUGAGAGCUUUGUGAAACACUUGCAGUAUGUCAAUCCAUACUCUGUUCCUAUGCUAGAUGAAUCAAUGUGGUCUCUUCAGAUUUCUGACCAUACUUUCCCUCCCUGAACUCGGUUCCCGUAAACAAUAUUUUAAUACAAACUUUUAAUUCAAAAUAAAUAAAAAAUCUGCACUGAGAGAAAAGCAAUUUAUGUAACCCUCGUAUUUAGAGAAUCAGCAUUGGCUCAUUUCAGUAUUUAAAGGAUUUUGAGGAGUGAACUUUUAAUUCAAACUCAAUAUACUACAAGUAUAUUGAAUGCUGUCAAGCGCUGUGAGAAAAAAAAAGGUAAUGGGUUUUGGUUUGAAAAACAUGAUAUGGCUUUGAGUUUUCAUACACUUGAACCCAUCAAUCCAUUGUAACAAAUCCAUCUAGCUUCCUCAACUAAUCAAGAUUAACUCAACUGGAUGACAUGUUGUCAUUAAAUAGUGACCUUAAUGUAUUACAACACUUGAAAAGAUGAUUUAGGAAUUCAGCCUGGUGAUAUUAAUACAUAGAUCCAGAAUCUGAAUAACAUCUUGAGUUGUCUUUUCACUUUUUGUUUCUCAGGGAAAGGAGAGUUUAUUUUUAAAGCAUGAAUUCAUUAUAGCAAUAGAAAUUGACAUAUUUGCAUGAUUGCUUAUUGGAUAAUUAGCUGUGACAAACAAUCAGCUACUGUAAAUCACAAUGAUUUACUCUUUUAUGACAACAUAUUAUGUGAUUCAAUAAGUUUGUGAAUGAUGGGCUUUGAGUGUUUCCUGCAUGGAUUACAUGUACAGAAAUACACUCUAGACCUCUUUUACAUUUGGAUAUUAGAUCUGUUAUUUUAAUUCGGAGUUAUGUGCAAUAGUGAGAUUCAUGAUGAGUAUUAGUGCUCUGGGGGGUUAGUAAAGAAACAAAGAGUGAAAGCAAAAUAUUCCCCUAAUGGUGCAAUACUCUUUGGCAUAACCCCCUUUAGCUAAUACACACAGAAGGACCUUUAAAUUUACGGUGUUAUAAAUGUUGGUACGUACAGCGUUAUGGGCCACACAAAUAAGAAUAACCAUUACAAGGGUAUUUCUUCGCUAAUGUAUAGAUUUUCCUUGAUCUUGGUGUGUUUGUGUGCAUUGUUCUGGUUUGGACGAGUGCUACAAUCUUGUGUUGACCGGCAUUUACUCUUCUUGCAAUACUGAACUGAUCCUCUUCACUGUUCUACUUAAAGAGACUAUGCUGUGUUUUAAUGUUCUGGUAAAUGUGUAUCUACAUUGUAAAAACGAGAUAAUGUGUGUCACAUACUAUUAUACCAAUAGGAAUAUAAAGCCAUUAACUAACUGA